AUGAGAGCGAAAGAAGAAAAUGUUCCACUUUCUCAAAUUUACAAUGAAGAAGUUGGAAAACUAUACAAUCAAGGCUUUGUCAUAUUAACCAAUAUUCCGCAAUUUUCAAGUGUUAAAACAGCUCUAUACAAAUCUAGGCAAAGUGCCGAAGGAUACGAUCGAGAAGCUAUAUGUAUGGAAGAUUUAGAAAUUCCUAAUGAAUUAUUAGCAAUGGAUGAUAACUUUAGUUUCUUGUUGUUCGAUGAUUUAAAAGAUAGCCGAAUUUUGGUAUUUUCAAAAAUUGUGAUGGAUUUUGAAAUUGCAGUUAUAAUUUCGCUGAAAAAUAUUUUUCCUUCCUUAAAUAUAAGAGGUUGCAAUUUCCACUUAAAUCAGUGUCUGUGGAGAAAGAUUCAAGACUUGGGACUUGUUAACGAAUAUAGGCAUAAUGAAGAAAUUAGAACCCAUCUCAGAAUGUGCGCGUCCCUUGCAUACAUACCCGCGGAAUGUGUCGAUGAUGGUUGGCUGUGCAUACAAGAAAGUUCACCUCGUAAUGCAAGAUUAGAGGCAUUUUAUGAUUACUUUGUUGAGCAGUGGCUUGAAAAUGACGUCGUAACUAUACAGAUGUGGAAUUGCAAUGAAAAAUUGCACAGGACAAAUAAUAUUGUUGAAGGAUGGCAUCAUAAAUUAAAUUCUGUUAUUAGGAAAAUCCAUCCUAAAACUCUAGAACUGAUAAAAUUUUUGAAAAACGAAGCUAAAGAAAGUGAUUAUUUUAUAGAUCGUCGUUAUGUAAAUUUAGAAGGGAAAAGAAGGAAAACAUGUGUGAUCAAAAAGGAGAAAAGAAUCCAACGUAUUAUGCAAGGAUUUUACUCAUCACAAAAUAUAAGAAAGUGCUUAUUAUCUCUUUCUUAUCUACAAAAAUUCGAUUAAAACAUCUGAAAAUUUUAUCUAAAAAUAACUUUUUUUUUUUUUUUUUUUUUUUUUUAAAGGGAAAGUGACUAACAUCACACAACUUUUAAACACGCCAGUAUUUUUACUGCCAGUCCUAAGCCUGUGUGAAGGAAAGUUGAAUUUUCUCUGUUAUUAAAUUGAUAAUUUUAGUUAUAAGGUAUUUUCUGCCUCCUUUCCGCAUGCCUUCGUGAUUAAUUGGAAGCAUACUCGGGCGUGUAUUCGAGAGGUCCAGGGUUCGAGACUCGGGGAGGGCACUGCAUAUUUUUCACGUUUGCUGCAUUGAUUAAACCUAAUAACGUCACACUGUAAUCAAAUUUAUUAAAUUUUCUAAUCGUAGCA